AAGGUUUAUAUUCGAGCUAGCUUUGCCUCGUUAUGCUUUGCACAUCUCAAAUUGCAAUAUCUUUUAUAAUCACUCUAACACCUCUCAGGCAAGGGACCAAACCCCAAUCUGUCGACUAAUUUUUUGUAACUAUUAAGCCCAAUUCUUUGGACAAGAGCGCCCUAGAUUUCCAGACACAAUAAAAUACCCAGUCCUCUGUGCUUAGGGCUUUGCAACAUUAUUGUUGUUUGGGUUACAAUGGCAGGAGAAGGAGAGAAGGAGAAGCCACAAUUUGAUCUGGACGCCAAGUGGGAUACUUGCCUUGACAUUACUCUUCGCCGCUUUGUCUACUCCUCACUUGCUGGCGCAUGCUCUGCACUCUUCCUCUUCCGGAGUCCUGCAACAAGGUGGGCGGCUGUUGCAUUUGGUGCUGGAGUAGGUCUUGGUUCAGCAUAUACCGAUUGUUCUCAUAUCUUUGAUGGAUCUCUUCCGAAGUGGCCAUUGCCUCCAAAUGUUUCCUCAUCAUUUUCUUCCUCAUCUGCAGAGGAUGGAACACAGUGAGUUGAGAGUAACCUUUCAACGUAAACAUUCUUGCAGCAUUUAAAGUAGGUCCUUAUUUUGCUCCAUAAGUUUUUGGCCUCUGUUAAUGGAUUGAAAUUGUUUUUGAUGGAUUCUAUUUUGUGAUUUUUAGUGCUGCUGUGCUUUUGAGAAGUGAGACCUAAUUUUAGUAGCAGCAUUGGCUUUCACGGUAAAUGCAUAAAACCGGAUUUUCUGUCAUCCAGUUUUAUUGAAUAAGUACAAAAGCAAUGAUUUGUAAAACACAUUAAUUACAAGGAAUUCAAGGGUCGCUCUUAACCUUGCUGUGUUUGGCUAUUGAUGAGACAAAUAUACUGAUUUUUGAGUUAUAUCUGUUUACACAACGGUACUGCAUAUUUGAUUUUUGAUUAAAGAGAUGGGCUUAUUUUUUGAUUUU